AUGUCCGUCGUUGCUGCCCUUAACACCUACAUGGCGGCGACCGACUCACGCGACAAGAUGAUCAAAGGCGCCGGAUGCUUCUUCAAGAUGAUGGGGGCCAUCAACGGCAACUCUAACUUCAUGAAGACUGGUGCGGCCAUGUCUGAUGCGCGUUGCAUAAUGCGCAUGUUGUCGUGGCUCGGAAACGUGCAGAAAAUCAGCGACGCGAUGGAGAAGCGCGUCGUACAACUCCGCGACGUUUUGUUUGUGCUGCGCGUGUUGUUCGACGGCAUCUUCAGCCUCCUUGACAACAUUGUGUUUGCCGGUCGUUUCUUCAACAACAACUCGCCAACCCUGGCACAGAUGUCGCAUGUUUCGCGCGCGUCCCUCUUCUACGGCUAUGCCAUGGCUGUGAUGCUCGACAUUUACGACCUUGUGCGUGACCCCAACAUGCCGAAGCGAGGUGACCGCUGCCUAGUGUUGACACGAAACACCUGCGAUAUGGUCUCGGCUAUCGGCAAUGUGUGCGCUGUGGACAUCGGCGCGGCCAAUGUGGCUGGGCUGGGUCUUAUCAGCGCUAUUAUCGCUACCCGUGAGCAGCUCAUAGCGGCGGCCGCCAAGUCUGGCGGCAGCUGUGUUGGGGCCUCCCCCGUGAAGGCUGCUGCUUUGCAGCCGAAGAAGUGA